CAGUCCAGGAGAAGCGCUCUCGGCCAGCGAAUUGCUUUCCUCAAAGCUCAAAACCACGAUAGCAAAACGGCCAGUCGGCCUUCGGAUCUUUGAUUGAACUUAAAGACUCGUCUCCAAAGAGAACUUCACAUCCUCAAUGGCAAAGUUCCCAAACUGCCAUUGGACCCUUUUCUUCUUCUUCUUCUUCGUGUGCCUGGACCACCUGAUCCUUGCCCAGUAUCAACAAGAUUCCCAACCCCAACCCAGCACUGAGCAUUCUAUUCAGGUCCGGUUGUCAGGAGACAAGAGGAAGCACAACGAAGGGCGGGCAGAGGUCUACUACAACAACCAAUGGGGCACCAUUUGUGAUGACGAUUUCUCCAUCCACUCGGCCAAUGUGUUCUGCAGGCAAUUGGGCUACGUGGAAGCUGUCUCCUGGUUCCCUGGCUCCAAAUAUGGCAAAGGAGAAGGCCCCAUCUGGUUGGACAACCUCUACUGCACUGGCAGAGAGUCGUCAAUAGCUCAAUGUACCUCCAACGGAUGGGGUGUGUCAGACUGCAAGCACACCGAGGAUGUGAGCGUGCUCUGCAGUGAAAAGAGGAUCCCCGGCUUCAGGUUUGAGGACCCUCUGCUCAAUCAAAUAGAGCUUCUUGAAGGAAAACUAGAGUGUGGCUUAUGGGAGACCUUGAACAGAAGGAUGGGCUAUCCAUCCCAGAGAGAAAAACCAGAAGUGUGA